UACGGUCUACGGAAUCUAACUCCACCAUGCUAUAUAUACUGCGCGGUGUGGCAUCAGCCGCUCUUCGCUCAGUGUCCUCUGGUCGUGUGGCGUGGAGCGUGUGGCUCUGAGGACCGAACCAUGCCGAGCCUGACUUCGGCUCGCCGCUUUCUGCUGCUCUACGGCACGGAGAUCGGCACGGCCAAGGCCAUCGCGCAGGACUUGUGCGCCCAGGCGGAGCGGUUCGGUCUCGAGGCAGACCUGCACUGCCUCAGCAAGACACACGACGAGUUUGACUUGGAUACCGAGCGAGACCCCGUGGUGAUCAUUGUGUCAACGACCGGUGAUGGGGAUCCCCCGGAAAAGGCGAUAAAGUUUGUCCGCUACAUCAAUCAGAAAUCCCUCCUCGAAAACCAUUUCCAGCACCUACGCUAUGCACUGCUCGGACUGGGCGACACGAAUUACACAAACUUCUGUAACUGUGGGCGGACGAUGGAUCGCAGGCUGGCAGAGCUGGGAGCGCAGCGCUUCUACCGAACGGGGCACGCUGAUGAUGCAGUGGGCACCGAAUUGGUGGCAGAGCCGUGGGUGGAGGGGCUCUGGGAGGCCCUUGUGUCGGAGUGUAAGCAAGAAGGGGGCGGCACGAGUCGGGUGGGCGAGCGUGUCGCAGAGGUCUCGCCACCUCGGGAGCGCGAUCAAGAGCACGGAGACGCAGGGAAGAAGAUCUCAGAGUCGACAGAGAAGACUUUGGAUCAGACACAGGAAGAUAAAUCAUCUGAUCAAGGACCAAAGUCUGAUGGCAGUGAAGCGCAAAAUGCAAAACGAGAUGUGGAAUAUCAAGCUAACGGCAGUAAUGCAAUCGCCAUGCUAAGUAAUGGAUCGUUGUCCAGCCCUGUGAAUGUAAAUCUUGGACAAAACAGUAUUUCUACAGAGAGGCAACAGGGCAAUUUUGCAGAGAAUAUCUCUUCUUUGGCCAAUGGACUUUUGGCGGUGCACGUCGGUAGUAACCACGAGGCUAGAAGUACGGAAGGUCCUGAAGUUGAGGUUCAGAGGAGUGACUACAUAGUCCAGGAUUUGGCGAUCCAAGCUGCACUGCCUCCACCUGUACCUCCUGUCUCUAGCCUCUCCCCAUCUGCAUUGGUUCCCACACCUGACUGUCAAGACCCAGCCACUAGCACGCCUCUGGAGCCAUCCACAGAUUCCUCUACAACGCCGGGCUCCACCGCACUGCCCGAGAAGCCCCUCGUGCCUUCGCUGACUGUGUCUGUGCCUCCACUCUCUGAAGCCACCCUCCAGGUGCCCUCAUUGCCAGAGCCGUACCUGGAGCUGCAGUUUGAUCCCAGCAGACCCGGUGUGCCUUGGCUUGUUCCGGCAGCUACCAGCCUCCCUCAGGCGGCCUCGGAGGUGUGCGAGGUGGCUGUGAGCGGGUGGAGGCAGCUGACCCGUGCUGAUGCCGUCAAGACUGCAUUGGAGCUGCAACUUGACGUCUCCAGUGCUCCGUUUGCACUGUGCCCCGGCGACGCGCUGGGCGUGCUGUGCCCCAACGGCGAGGCCGAGGUGGACGCUCUCCUGCGGAGGCUGGGCCUUGACGGGCAGGCCGACUGCGCCCUCGAGCUGCGUGCCCAGCCCAACGCGAGGGGCCGCGCUUCGAAGGUGCCCGACUUCAUCCCUGCCGGCUCCUCCCUUCGGUCUAUCCUCACUCACGGCCUGGAAAUCCGAGCCCUGCCAAAGAAGGCGAUGGUCCGCGCACUGGCGGAGCACAGCGAGGAUGAGUCCGAGCGCCGCCGCCUGCUGGAGCUGUGCAGCCGCCAGGGCUCGGCCGACUACACGCACCUGCUGCGGGAUGCCAGCCUCGGCGUGGCCGCCCUGCUGCACGCAUUCCCGUCCUGCCGGCCGCCCGCCAGCCUGCUCAUUGAACACUUGCCGCGUUUGCAACCCCGGGCCUAUUCCAUUGCCAGCUCUCCGCUCGUGACCCCAGGAGCAGCACACGUGGUGUUCAACGUGGUGGAGUUUGCGGCGGGUCCUGGCCGACCGCAAGCGCAGCGCGGGGUGUGCACGGGCUGGCUGGCGGAGGUGGCCGUCGGUCCUGAGGCCAAGGAGAACUCCCCCCAGCCUUCCAACCUCUCUGGAGCAUCCCUCGCUGACUCAGAGCUGCCGUCUUCUAAAGCCACAAAGAUCCCCAUAUAUGCGCGCAAGAGUACAGGUUUCCGUCUGCCGGAGGAUGCGUCUGUCCCCAUCAUCAUGAUCGGGCCCGGCACCGGUGUCGCCCCCUUUGUGGGAUUCCUACAGCACCGAGAGCACAAGGCCAGUGGGGGCGCCGCGGUGCUCGGGGAGUCGUGGCUCUUCUUUGGCUGCCGCCACCGAGACCGCGACUUCCUCUACAGGGAGCAGCUGGAGGGCUUUGUGGCACGCGGCACGCUCACCCACCUACGGGUGGCCUUCUCUCGUGACGAGCCUGCGGGGUCAGAGGUCGCGAGCCCGGGUGGGGCAGCACACCCCCGGUACGUGCAGCACAUUCUUGGUCUGCACCGUGCCGACGUGAUGCGUCUGCUGCUGCAGGAGGGUGCACGCCUCUACGUGUGCGGGGACGCCAAGAACAUGGCCAGGGAUGUGCAGGAGACUCUGGUGGGCAUGGUGGUGGAGGAGACGGGUGUUGCCAAGCUGGAGGCCAUGAGGGUGAUUGGCGGCCUCAAGGAGCAGGGGCGCUACUUGCAGGACGUGUGGACCUGAUACGACCGAAGAGAGAGGAGGGUUUGGAUUGGAGGGCGAGAGGGGAUUGGACGUUCAGCAGUUCUCCUUGAACGACUCGGACAAAGUGAACCCUGUAAAAUGCCAGCACAGAUCGUCGUGAUUCAGAAGAGGCCAGUCAAAGCUUAAGCCCAGUAUUUAAUAAUGAUGAUGACGUGUCUCAAUGAGAAUAUCCGCCUGGGUGUAACAUUGGCCUGAAUUUAAGUCUUGCCAAGGCACUACUUUUGCUUACUUAAAUUUAUUUCCCGUUAUUUAGGAAAACCUCAUGGAUUCUCAUGACAUUUCAGGAGCAUUCUGCAUUGGGGUGUUUGGAAAGUUUCACUGAUUGGUGUUUUGCAUGUGGUAGGACGCCAAAGCAGUUAUAUCAAGAUAAUUCAAGCAUGCAAGAUGAUUACACUCAAAACUCCACAUAGAUGGAUGUGUGAUGCCACUUGCUGUACUGCCAUCUCUUGGCUAACUCGCAGCCCAGCAAGCUUGGCAAUGUCACAAAUCUGUGAAUCACCAACGCUUGCAUCCAAAGCGCUGGAUUAUAGCGUGCGCAGCUGCACCAUAUACAUCCCAUAUACUGUACAUGCCUUAAUUGUUGACAAUGACAACAAUGCCAGAAUUAAUCGUGAACCAUCUUCAUACCCAUCCCUACUAUGUGCCGGUAGUAGAGAUGGGUAUAAAUAAUGCAUUCAUUGUUUAUAGUUGCUGGCAGGAAACCCGCCCUGAGGUCAUUCAGUGAAACGUCUUUUAGCUGCCUAUUCACCAUGAGUGUUUAAUAGUUUGUUAAGAAUGGCCACUCUUGGCAUGCGAUUUUUCUAUAAAAAGGAAGUGUUAAUUAUGAUGGUAUGAGAGUGAUUUUCAGUCGGUGCUUAUACACUGCUAAAUACACUACCCUAGGUUAUGAACAUUGGUGUGGAUGACAUAAUAUAAUCUGCGAUCCAUAUUUGUUUUCGCGUUAGACCACGGGGUAGCUUUAUACCAAAAUUCUUGUCAGUAACCCCUCCACCACUUGACAAAACUGUCACGUUUACAAAGAUAAUUACGUUUUAAGGCUACGUUUAAGUUUACUCACUCCAUAUACAUUAACAGGAAACCCACAUUACUGAGCUCGUUAAAUUUCAAAAUCUCAACACAUUUCUCAGUAACAUGGCCCUAAAAGAGAAACAUGUACUGUAUAGAGGGUGGCCCAAAAAGGUUUUGUUUUUAUAUUAAACCAUUUGAAUUGUGUAUUCUUUAAGUUAAUAUUUGAUCUAUAAAUAAAAAAAUCUGAAAAAUGGACAGAUAAUUGAUGAAAGAGUUCAAUUAGUUUUUAUGUAUGCAGAAGAAUGGCAGCUCUAAUCUUUUAUGAAGCCGUACAUUAUUUUCAAAAAAGAGAAUUCAUGCAUGCAUGAAUGUUAAUAGAAGUGGGUUUGAACAUUUGUUAAAUGAAAUGAAAUAACCGUAGAUACUUUGUUAACAUAUAUAUAAUAACCCUAGGUGUCCUGAUUUUUGAGCCACCCUGUAUGUAAUAGGCCCUUCUGGUCAUUGCCAAAUUACAAUGGUUUGGCUAUGUAUGGUGCAAAAUAAAUUCAACAUACAUUAGAAUAUAUCUUGUUGGAUUUCGAUGAAUGAAAAUGUUUUUUGUGUGUGCUUCUCCAGCACUGCCAACACGGCUUCACUAAAACACAAGUAAUCUUUGAGAUUGGCUAUGUGACAAAAAACACACUGUUGAAAAGGCUUCACUUAUUGAUUUUGGUUGAUGAAUAAUAUCAAUUUUACUGAACUUAUUGUGCAUUUACUGUGAAAUGUGUAACCCCGCACGUUAAAGCAAGUUUUAUAUGUUACUUAGAAAUACAGUGGCAUUUAUACAUUUAUAUACUCAAGUUUAAACGACUGUAAUCAACAUUUAUAUUUACUAUUGAUAGUGGGGUGUGCACACAAUAGAAAAUACCUCGCAGGCAAUUUAUAUACGUGUUUUAUGCAGUCUUGUUGAUCAUGGGAAAGCUGGUAAUGCUACACGUGGAGAGUUUACAGUUAAUGUCACACGUGGAGAGUUUACUGGACAGCGCUGAAUAAUUUAAAAUCAAAGGAACGACUGUUUGCCCUAAUGAUGACCUUUUGUUUUUUUUUUAAAUAAGAAAGCUGAAUAUAUUUUUUAGGCUUUGCUCCGAAUGAAAAUGUAUGCCGGCAUAUUUGUGCAAUAAUGUUUUUAGAAUGACAGUAACGUUUCAAUCACUUUGUAAUGGUAUAAUGUACGGUACUGUAUAUGACAAGAUAUACAAAUAAACACGAUAUAAUA